CCCACCCCUACCCGCCGCGCGCGCUCCAAUGCUCCCCCACUCUUCAUUUGGAUUCAGUUUCAGCAAAGCGAGAGGAUGGCAAACAUGUAGUGGAACAACUGAUCAUCGCAGGCAUGACAAGAUGUGCGAAUAGGCUGUCGUGAAAAUAAAUAAGUGAAAUCUGAAACAGCAUGAAGGCAUCCGGCUGUCAGGUCCAACUCAGCGGAUGCGCGCUGGAUCCAGAACCAACGCUCAGGAUGGACUGAGACAUUUACGCGCAGGAGGUUGCCACGGGCAGGCGUUUCGGUUUGACCUCGGUGGGAAUCAUUUCUGGGACAACUUGAGGAUGUAUCAAUGAAGAAUGUGACUGCGUCUGACUCGGUCCAAACGGGGUUGAUGAAGCCCUCGGCGGUGUCAUGCGUCUUGCCCCGCAGCCAAGCGCGCAACCCUUGCGGCUCGUAGUUGUGCUCGUCCUCGCCACGGGGGUCGUCGCGUCCCCGGUGCUCUCCUCCGGCUGCCCGGACAGGUGCGUGUGUGAUGACCAGCUGGUGGUCCAGUGCGCCGGGCAGCACCUGACCACCUUUCCCGUCAACCUGCCUCUGGCUACCCGGCAGCUCAUCAUCUCCAACAACCGCAUCGUGGAGCUGCCGCCACUCGCGCUCAACUACCUCUCCGACCUGGUGUACCUGGACUGCAGCAACAACUCCCUCACCGAGAUCUCAGAGUCCACGUUUGGGAACCUGCGCAAGCUGGCCUACCUGGACCUCUCCUUCAACACUUUGACCCGGAUCGAGGACCGGACGUUCGGGCCCUUGGCGAGCCUGGUGAUGCUGAGGAUGACGGACAACCCGGGGCUCUCCGAGAUCCACCCUGACGCGUUUGCGGAGAACGCGGCCCUUCAGGUGCUGGAUGUGAGCCGGAACAACCUGACGGUGUUCAACAUCACCUCCCUGAUCGCGCUGCCCGCCCUGCGCUCCGUGGGGCUCAGUGGGAACCCGUGGAGCUGCGAGUGCGACAACGAGGACCUCUGCUUGUGGGUCCACCUGGAGGGCUUCAAGUUCCAAGAUGAGGGCCAGACAGUGUGUGGUUCACCUGCUGACAUGCAGGGCCGUCGUCUGGGCGAGGUUGGCAUCCAGCUACGGACGUUGUGUCAUCAGACUCUGGGCUCCUGGGACUACCUUUUCUUUGUUGUCAUCGGCUUUGUCAUCUUUGCCGCCGGCACAGUGUCUGCCUGGGUGAUGGGUGUCAUCAUGGUGCUCUAUGAGCGCUACAUCAAGAAGAAAGACGAGCAGCUCGAUGUGGACGAGGAGGAGGAAGGUGGCGAAGUCAGUCGUCCCUCGAGGGCCAGGAGCGGCCAUGACAAUGGGAAUUUGAAAUCCUCACAUACUGUUUAAAGGACCUAAUUUGACCCUGCCCGCCAUGGAUUCCCACAGUGCCUCCUGUCACCUUCCACGACUGUCUGUGAAGUCCAAUGAAACUGUCAAACUGAGUCUAACAGGCUCAGCCCUGGAAGAGAAGGGAGGGGAUUCACCAGAGACGAGGAAUGUCUCUCUGCUCAUGUGUAGUGGGCUUCCAGGUGGUGUAACACACACUGUAGGGGCUAUAGUGGAGGUCCACAGUGCUUGUAUAAACCAUAUAUGCAAAUAUAUGACUUUGUAUGUUGUUAAUUUCUGUGUCAGGUUUGAGUGAGAGAUGGUAAUGCCUGUGGAAAACCAACCCAAAUCCAUAACACUGGUUGGCCAUCUUGGAAGAAACCAGUCAUGUUCUUAAAUACCAUACUCAUUAAGCACUGAUAGUUUUGGUGAUUUUGGCCUGUGUUAAUUCAUAAAAUGGGUACAGGCCAGGCUACCUAAAAAGUGUUCUUAGUUCGAUAAAAACACACUGAAUCAUUUUAAGCUAAAGCUAAAUUUUAAGCUAAAAAGUUAUCCACACAGGCUAACACACCCUUCAAAAAAUGUUACUUACGAGCACGAUUAUAACAAGGGAGGUUGUGUACUUCAGAUGCUUGGUGUCCAAGUGGUAAUGUCGACCACAAGUCAUGAAAAUGCUGCUGCUAGAUAUCAGCAACUAAGGCUAACCGUUUGGCAAGCUUACGACACAAUGUAGUAAAUGCAAAGGUACAAUGACAAGCUAAAACUGUUUUUAGACUAUAAAAUAUCAAACAAAAGUAUAUACUUUUGUUUGAUAUUUUAUACUGUGUGUAAUUAAGAACCCAAUACUACCAUUCACCAAAAAAACUCAAAAAACAAAACACUGUAUCUGAUAUCAUUCGCAAAGACGUCGCAACUCGUGAACUCUGAGCUUUCAGAAAAUUUCCACUUAAGACAGUAAGACCACGAGGCAAGGGAACCUUUAUAUGGAUUUGUAAACACAGUAAAUGCCAUUUGAGGGCCGCCACUUACCAAUGAUUCUGUUCUAGCAACUGGCUAAACGGAAGGAAACAUAACUUCUAAUUUGUGGUUUGCUGGUGAUAUUGUGGUGGAAACAACAAGAAAGGGAAGGGUUUCAACGACCGUGGUUGUUUUUUUUUUUUUUUUUCAAAAUCGGAUUUUUCUUUUGUAUUUUUACCAUUUUCACUUUAUGUGUUAUUCUGUCAACUUCUUUGCAUCCAACAGAUGCAGUGGGAUUAGUGUUCCUGCUUGGCCCAUUGACUUGAAUAUAAAACUUGGAUAUCUGCAAAUUGGAUGGCUUAAGAACUAGGAAGUGCAAGGGAAAAAACAACCAUGAAUGCAGUUGUUGGUGUCCCCUAACCUUUUUUAAAGGUAUCUCGAUGGUAAUGUUGGUCUGGACGGAAUACAGUAAGGCUGAAUGGUCAAUAGGUGGUUGGUCACCCAUGGUUUUUUUGUAUGACAUAAAGCUAAUUCAUAAUGAAUUCUAAGCCAUAGUCAAUAUUUGUCUUUGUGAAACUGGCCCUCAAAUAAAAAAACCCAAAACAUUUGCCUUUUCCAGUCUUUAUAUGAUGCUAAAGGAUGCUAAUAUAAGUACAAACCGGCGUCAUUACUCAGAACCACAAAGUAUUUUUGCCAAAUUCUUUUCAGUAAAUAUAAAAUCAGUUUUUCAAUACUUGUUUUCAUACUGGAACAAAUUGAAUUUACCCCAAUUAAAUGGAUUGGCUCCUGGACCCUUCUAGCAUUCUUAGCUUAGCGCUGGUUUCACAGUGGCACUUUUCUGGAGGGAUCUCCAUAAUGGCACUAAGCAGAGCAGGAGAAUUGUGUCACAACUUGACAGCCUCUAUGUAAAAUUAAUGUUUUGUUGUUGUUGUCCCCAAGAGAGGAUAAAGUGCUUUUAUGCACAUGGCAGAGUGUAUGAUGUAGCUGUACGUGUGAUUAUGCUUUUGCACACAAGUCGUUCUGUUCAGCUUUGGUGUCUCGUUUUGCACCGAUCAUUUACCACUCUCUCCUGAAUUAUUAGCCCAGAAACAAACUGCAGUUGAGGUAUUUGUGUUGAGGGUUCUACAGUAUCUGUGAAGCUGAGGGAGCCAACAUGUGCCAACUGCCGAGGUCUAUUCUGGCAGUGGGCCCCGCUGGAUCGCAACUAAACAGGACAGUGUGAUAACUGAUUUCUGCUUCAUCCUCUCUUUGUUGGGUAACUCUUUUGAGUGCAGUGUUCUGUCUGUUUCUACAUGCACUGUUGACGCACCAAAAAGCCUUAUGUGGUGUGUGUAUGUUUGAGGGUGACAAAUUUAGUUAAUUAGAAAAGGAAAUCAAUUUCCUCUGCAACAAACAAAAAGGACUUUGAUUUAGAAACAAUAAAUUCUCUUAAUUUUCCAGCAAGUGAAUUAGAUUUGUUUUAAUUUGGUCUAUUGACAUGAGUGAAUUUAGUCCAGCUCUGUUGUUGACUGAAUCAUCUGCAGCUGUUUUGCAGCAAAUAAGGCACUUAAUCCUGCAGGAAAAACAGGGAGCAGAAUCAUUUCUGUCCACAGUGGUGAAUAUCAACGCUUGCUUUGUUUGAUAUGCCCCAGUUUGUGAUGCUCAACAUUACAAACUUUCCAUAUUUCUGCUUCUAGUUAUCUGCCUGUAACACUCCACUGGCCCUGACAUUGACUGUUAUGAACUAAGAAAAGAACAGAAAGGAACAGGAACAGGGAAAUCAAUAGGCUGCCCUGACAUGCCAUGUUUUGUAUGUGUGCUGCAUCUGUAGAAUCAGUUCUGUCUAAGAAUUAUUUGCUCUAUUAAAGAACAAAUUUAAACCUCUCUGGGACCAGAGAAGGAAGGAAUUCUCUUCAAAUGAUUGGACCAGCUUUUUUGCAUUAUUUUAUGUUCUGCAGUUCAUACCAAAAGUGUUUGGAGUCAGCUGUUGUCCAUACUGGCCCUCACGGCUUAUUGGAUUGGACUUGAAUAGAACAAAGCCAUCGUUAACAUAAUUAGGAACAUACAUCUGAAGGUAAAAUGCCUACUUUGCCAGUGCUUUUAGUAUUAAGUGAGCUGUGCAUACUAGGUUACAAGGAGAAAGGUAGUAGUCGUACUACCAAAUGUCAUAUUGAAAGAACUGGAUUGUUAUCAUUUGCAAGUAUUUGGUAGCUUUAUGCUGAACAUGUGUUGAAAACAAAGCAACUAAUGUGCACUCUGACUCUGCACAAUCUGUUGCCUUUCUGUAACGUGAUCUGCAGCACAACCGAGAACCCUUUCUUCACACAUUUCCUCGCACUUGCAUGUGCAUAUUGUCGGGAUUUCCCAAAAUGAAGAAAAGUUAGUGGUUUAUGUAACGGCUCUACAGAGUAAUAAUAGUACAGCAGACGGUAUAAACAUUCUGUCGAUGGUUGGCUGAGCAGCAGUCGAAGCUGAUUUUCUGCUUUGCCUGUUAUAGGCGUUUUUCCACAGCAGACAUUUAUAGCUUUGAAAAGCAUGUGUGUAAUUAAUGACAAAGACAAAUGUUGGCUGGUAAAAACAUCUAUUGUGGAGUUUUCCUGUUGUGGGAAUUGUGGUGUUGAUAGAAGAAGAAAGCAAGAAGCUGAUAUAAGACACUCAGGAACGCAUCUCAUAUAGUUCCGCUUAGCCUCCUCCUCAUACAAAGGAGCAGUCCUGACUCACAGCAGUAUGUAUAACUAUGCAUGUACCGAUCUACACAUAACGGCAUGGCAGACACAACUGGAUGCCACAAGUGUCAGUCCAAGAUAGUGACCCAUGUACUGUACCUGUAAGUUGCCUACUUAAGCAGUAUGCUGAGAUGCCUCCGAACAUUUCAAGCACUGGUUGCUGAUUUCUCUUACAGCUUUGGUGUGAUAUUUUGCAUGGGUUCCUUCAGUAUUUUACAAAAUGCAUUGCAUUAUGUGCAUGUGUAUUAAGGUCUGUGUACUAAACGCUCAUCUAUAUCUGCAUACGAUACGCGCAUCUUCUUGAUAGUUUCGGCUGUGAGGAUGUAUUGCAUUCUGCUUAGCACACUGAUAAGGCCAUGUGACGCCACAGGCAAGGGUGAGGGUGCAGACUGGAAAUAGGAUAGCGGGUUGCAUUAAUUCAUGUCAGCACAGUGACACACAUGGAAUGACAAGGAAUACCCACAUCUCCCUUUCAUUACAAACAUGUACAUAGUUGCUGUUCUUGCACACUCAUGCAUUAUUUUGGAAAUAAUUAUAGAUUGCUUCAUAUGGGCAGUAUUUUAUAGCGGGUGAAUAUGCUGAUUUUUAUUAAUAUAUUAGGUGGAUAAACUGGAUUUCUGCACUUUUUCACCCCCACACUUGCCACUCACCCCGUUUUCAGGCACAUGUUUGAAUGUGCUUUAACACACAGAGACAAAAGCAUCAGUUCUGCCUCCAACACAAAUCACCUCUGGGUAGAACAUACUGUGUAAAAGCUUAGAAGGACUCUCACUAAUGCUGUAUAACUGACACUAGCCAGAACAGCAUCAACCCACACCGUGAAACACCUAAAUGUAAAAUUUCCCAAAAAAAACUGUGAUGAUUUGCUUUCUUUCUGAGCAGAAGAUGAGAGGAAUGAGAGCACUCCUGUGUCAGUAUGCUGUAUGAAGCCAGCAGUGGAUUUGUUGAGAGGAGGAUAUAGAUAGGCUUAGUUUAAGUUUCUCUCUAUUGAUUGAGCUUCUUAAAGAUUUACCUCUUGUAUCAAAAUUGCAUAUUUAGAUUUUUUUCCUCCAUGAAAAUGAGCCCCUCCUGUCUGAAAAUAGCUUAAAUGUAUAUCUUUGCCACUGCUUUCUCUAAAAUGUCGCCGCCUUUUUCUUUGCUAACUACUCCAGUCGCAUUCGUUCGAAAUAGAACCCAAUUCAGAGAGAGAAUAUGGGCCAAUUUAUGCUUUCCGCAUCUGUGAGCGCGGACCAAUCCAGACUUUGAAAGCAGACUGUGGUUCUGUUUAUUCUAUGAUGGUUCCGUGCCAGUCUGCACAGACGGUUCAUUGCCUUUCAUACUUAAUACAGAAACACACAGGAGGGAAUUUGAAUAGAAUAAAGUAGCUACUUACACAUGAGGCUGUUGCACUUUGUCAUUGGAUAUUCCUGACAUGUGUUGAUCCCAGUGGGAAGACAGAGCACAGGAUAUCUUGUUUAGGCUCCCUUGAUGGGAAACAUGUCCAAACCAAAGCACCUCCAGAGUUUGGCAGCAACUACUUGUGACUAAUUAAAAUUCUUGAUGAUUAACGUAAAAGUGUGGAUGACCGACAGUCACCUCGUACAGUCUCUCCACUAAAGAAGCAUUUGUUUUGGACACCAUUUGUUUCCCCGGGCAUUGUAGUGCAUACAGUCUGCUCAUGAAGGGUUUGCGUGGACCCUCAUGGAUUUUGGUGGUUGAUAAAAUUUACAUCAAGUGUACCUGGAAAGCAUGAAUUGGUCCUGAUGAUAAAGAGAGCCACAUCCUAGAAGUUAACAGAAUUUGUUCCUUUGGUUUGUUUUUGACCGUUUCAAGGCAUAAAUGCUUUGCAACUGGAUUAACUGUUUGUUUCACUCAUGAAAUGUCUUUUAGUCUAUAAAAAAAACACCAUAUGGAUCUGGUAAAAAGAAGUAGAUUUUCACCUGAGUGGGUCUUUAACUAACUGGUUGGCUUAAGAACAAUUACUGAAUGCUGUAUGCUGCAUAUCUACAACUCAUUUUAAGAUAUGGAACAGUGGUUGUGGAUGAAGCCAGCUGUUUCCUUCCGGUACUCACAUUUAUUCGAAGUUACGCUAAUUGGCUACAAUAGUCAAAUGGUCAGAUUGCAUACCACAUGGGUGCCUUCAAGCAGUUUAUGAAGGAAGAAAUUUCAGUAACAACAGUAAAUAAAAAAGACAACAUGAAUGCUAACAACCUUCUCAUCUACUUCUUAGCAAGAAAUCAAAUUAAUAUAUUUUCCAACAUGCUAAGCUAUGGGUUUGAGAUGGUAAAUAAGCAGGGAAGACUGCUGUAGCACUUGAGAGUGGAUGUUUGUUUUCUUCUCAUUGAGCGGCCAAGCUGAGGUAGUGGUCAGGAUCUGCCUGAGGACAGAGGUGCACUCAGCUGGCUACGGUCACAUCAGUAACACAGCUGUGACUCCUAGCCAGUUCAGUGAGUAGACGAGGAAAUGCACACAGCCUUUGGAUCCAGAAGCUCCGGCAGCCCUGUUUCCUGCCUGUGGUUGUGUAAGUCAUAUUUUUUUGCACCAUUGUGUGCAUCCACUGAGCUGAAGGCAAACUGGCCACCGCAAAAUGCCCGCAGAUGGGAGAUGUGACAUCAAGUAAGACUGGCUCUAACCGACCGUAAUAGCCCUCUGACACAUCUACUUACAAACAGGCUCACUCACACACACACACACACACACACACACACACACACACACACACACACACACACACACACACACACAUAUGUAUACAAAAUUGGAAGAAAAUCCUUUAGUCAUGGAGCUGUGGAAUGACUUACACCAAAGUUAGAGAUGAGGGAUAUAUUCCAGUGACUGGUGCUUGGAAUCUGGGUGCCCGUGUUUCAGUUAUUUCAUGAAAAUGUCAUCAUUAAUCACUGCCACACAUGGAUGACAGCGCUAAAUAACCGUCAGACGACUCCACGCACCCAUACAGCUGCACUGAGCUGGAGCACAACAAGCACCGGAGCUGGAACAUAAGGGAACUGCUGCAACUUAUAUUAAGUUACAUAUAUUUCUUAUGCUUACAUUUGUAAACAUAUAAACAGUGUAUCAUGGGCGCGCCUGUUUUCUACUGUCACUUAAUGAUUUGUCACAGAAAGAAGGGAAAGAAUAAGCAAAAACGCCUGAUUUCCUUCCCUUGUUUUCUCCAUUAUAGUAACAUUAUGUUGUCAUCGGAUAUUAUUUGUUAGCUCAGAUUCACUGCAAAUUAAUGGAAUUGUUGUGUUCAAUCCUGUUAUAUACUGUACGUUUUCUAUUAGACUUGAUAUUGGCAAGCUCUACUUGUCCCUCCUCUGGGAAAGUUGCAAUUGAUUGAUGGUAAAGAGUAAACCCCUGCCUCCAAUUGGCAGAGGGAAGGAUGGUCCUACUGCUGUUCCAUAUCUGCACACAGGCUCAGGGGCCUGCCAACUCUGUAUCCUUCCCCAGCAAUAAAAGGUCAUUCCAGAGGA